AUGCGAGUAUUGACUCGUUCGCCGGAGUAUGAGAAAGAGCCUGUGAUUAUGGAAACAAUCAACGCAAUACAGUUUGCUGGCUAUGCAUAUGAUGCCAAUCUACAUUAUUGCGAUGGUACUCCCUUACCGAUGAACAAGAUGAGCCUUGCCAGGUUAAGUACAGACUCCCCUUCUGAGCCACCACUGCCCUCGCCCUAUCUUGUCCAGCUCCAAAGGUCAUUUGCAAACGCGUUAAAGCAGUUCUCCGUCGAAGAAGAAUGUGCGCAACCAUGGCCAGAACGGCAGGCACCUAAGUUUUGGAAUCGAUCUUGGCUGUUAUUCUUCCGACGUCUCUGGCAUUUUGUGCUCAGAUGCUUCCGCACUUGGAAAUACAGACGGAUGCUUCCUCCCUGCGAUCAGAUCUAUGUCAAUCAAAUAUACGAGUCCUCAUCCGUCGGGCUGAUUGCAAAGAGAGACAAGGGCAAUGAAACAGCAGCUCUAGCGCUCCUGGAAGCAGAAGCGCCCGAUGUACCGGCACCUCUCCUAAUAGACACAUUUGAAGAUGGCGAUGGAAACAGCAUCGCCGCUAUGACGCAAGUACCUGGAGUGCAGGCCAUAAGCGUCCUCUAUCGCAUGACAUACCAAGAACGUCGCCAAUUUGCCGAUGACCUGGGCGCCGCGAUUGCGCAAAUACGACAGAUCUCUAACAUGUCAAAGCCGUUGUUUACUGGGAUAUCAAAAAUUCGUAGCCAAGGGUCCAAAAUUCACGAUCCUUGUGUCGGCUACGAAGCCUGCGGUCCAUUUGAGAAUGAAUGGGAUUGGAACAUGUUCAUGACGGGCGGGAGACCCGAAUUUUGGCGCUCAAGCCAUCCCGAAGCGUUUUUAUCAGAGCAUGAAUCGAAAUUUACGCAUGCUGACCUUCAUCUGAACAACAACCUUGUCGACGCGGGCAAGCUAUCAGGGAUCAUUGACUGGGAGAUUUCGGGAUUCUAUCCAGAGUACUGGGAGUUUGCCAAAGGCAUGCACGCGGGGCUGAAUUCUAGAUCAUCUCGCCCUAUACACAGACAGAUAUGGCAAGGCAAAUACGAAGCGAAAGGGAAUUGGUGGAGGCUCUCAUGUCUGUUUUUCCGUGGGGGCCUCCGCGCAUUGAAGAGCGAAGGGAGACGAGUAAGAGCACAGAACACGAAAGGACAGAAAACACCAACACGAAAAUAG